AUGACCAGUGAUUUAAAUGAAUCUGACAUCAAAUUGACAACUGAAGACAUCGAUACGGCUCUUCGUCUCAUUCAACAACCAGCUAUUAUAGAUCAAUCUAUGACGGAAUUUUUACGAGGAAAGAGUAAAGAUAUAACCACUUGUAUUUUACAUACUUUUCAGCAAUCGCCAAAAGAAUAUGUGAUCGAAAAUAUUACACUUGUUCACAACGAAGUGCUCUAUCAUAACUAUUCGAUGUGUUCGAUAGAUACCGAAGAGCGAAUACUGUUUCAUGGAACAAAGAAGACUAACUUUGACGAUAUAUUUGAUGAUAAUUUGAAGAACUUCACAAUUAUUAAUCGACGUACUGAUAAUGGUUGGUAUGGUCGUGGUAUCUAUUUCAGCAGCUCACCUCAUUAUUGUGUAACUUAUACACGAUCAGAGCAUCGUAUCAUCUAUUUGUUGUGCUGCCUCGUUAAACUUGGAAGAAUAUUCCAUGUCAAAGAUAUGAGUUACAAAGGAAAAGAAAUCCGAAAAGAUGCAGAUAGUCACUACGCACAAGUGAAUGACGCUGGCUAUCUAAUACAAGCAGGAGAACAUAAUGUUUAUGAAGAGUUUGCUGUUAAAGAAAGUAAGCAAAUUUUUCCGAUGAUCAUUGCUGGACUACGACCUGUAAACCGUUUUGUCGUAUGGCGCGAUGCCAAAAUUGCUAAUGGAUCCAAUCCAACUCUCAUUCAAACCCUGAAACAGCAAUAUGGUUUUAAUAUUUAUGGAUGUGAAUCAUCAACCGACGCUAUAAACAUUCUAAUGUGUAAACUCAAUGAUCCAUUGAUGCGAUGCGCUGUUCUAACCAAUGGAGGCAAUGAAGCUGAGCAAUUUAUAGACUGUUGUCAAGCCAUAAGAUCAACGAUUCCGAUAAUGAUCUAUUGUGUUCAAGUUGAAUAUCAUAAAGCAUGGACUGAAAAAAAGGGAGGAGAACCUAAAAUCCAAGUGACCGGUUGUCCUAACGACGUGUUUUCGUUUAUCAAUGCUGCUUUUUCAGAAGAACUUAAUUAG